GGAUUAAGUACCUUGUCAUCAGAUAAGAUGUACAUUGCAAAACCCAUAACACUCCCAGGAAUUAGAACAACACAUAACCUCGUUUGUUCCUGAAGCUGGAAACAGGGUGGCAAGAGGAAACUCCUGCAUUAGUGAAAACAUGAAGCUUUUCCUGCUCUUCGUGAUAUACUUUUUAUGGCUGAGGGGACAGCAAGGUGCACCAAUCAAGGAGGAAGAUGCAAACACUGUGGAAAACCUGAAAGUUUUAUCAGAAGUUGGGGAGAAAUAUGUAGAUGAAGAGGUAAAGAAAGCUCUGAUUGGCAUUAAGCAGAUGAAAAUUAUGAUGGAAAGAAAUGAAGCUAAACACAUGGAUCUGAUGAAAACCUUAAAGAAGAGCAGUGAAGAGAGACAGGAAGCUCUAAGACUUAUGAGUGAAGUGAAAGAGAGACUGGGUGAAGAAGAAGAAAUUUGUCAGGAGUCAAUGCAAAAUUUAUGGGAUGAAUGCAAAUCUUGUAUAGAAAGUAACUGUAUGAGAUUUUAUACAACUUGUCGACGUGGCCUGUCUUCAUUUACAAGUAAGAUUCGAGACUUUUUCAGAAAGAUGACCCCAGUAUCAGUUUCUAUGUAUGAAACUGAGGGCAAAGAGCUCCAGUUUAACCAGAAGCCUGAACAAGAAGAUAUCCAACUAGUACAAAUGGAAAAUUUGUUCAACCAACUGUUGUCUGAUGUGGGUACUAUGUUUGAAAAAAGCUUUGUUUUUUUCAAACAGAUGCAGAAAGAAUUUGACCAGGCUUUUCAAAUGUAUUUUAUGUCUGAUCCAGACAUAACAGAUCCCUAUUUUUUACCAACUGUCCCUGAGGAAUCUAUGAGAAAUACUGGCUCCUCAAAAGAAUGGGGGGUCCAAGAUGUCCUCCAGCUUGUAUUUGAUUUCAGCAAAACUAUCGUGGAAGGUGUAAGUGAAGUUCUUACUGAGGCAUUUGAUGCAUACACAGAGACUGCAAGAGAGAUGGGUGAACAAACUGAAGAUUCUGACAAAAGUGGAAUGUUCUCUAAGAUGGUACAAGAUCAGGGCAGAGCUCCAUGUAAUAAGCUGCGCCAGAAUUCAUCAGGUUGUCCUCAGUUCCAUGAGAGAUGCCACAAAUGUCAGGACACCCUUCUACAAGUCUGUCCCAGCAUCCCUGAGCUACAUAUAAAGUUUGACGAUACCUUUAAGCUGGUUAACAUCUCUGCUGAGCAGUAUCAACAGAUUCUCCAGGUAGUCCGACGUCACACAGAAGAUACAUCCUACUUGUUGAAUAAAAUGAAAGAAAGAUUUGGAUGGGUAUCUGAACUAUCCAACAGGACCAUUGGGCCAGAAAACAUUUUCAAUAUAGUAAAGGUAUCUUCUUAUGCCAAGACCGGUGAAGCUUCUAGUCUGAACGAAACAACAGUAGAUGUGAAUAUUUUGACAUCACCAACUUUCACAAUUAAAGUUUCCCAAGAUUUUGACACGCAGAAUACUGAAUUCAUUGAAUACGUAGCUGAGAAAGCAUUACAGCUGUACAAGAAAAAUUUCUAGGCAGGUAGAUUUGAUAAAUACUGGCCACUUCUUCAUACACAGCUUACCCCAGUGGUCACACCUUGUGUCUUGGAAACAUUUUCUGUGAAAUCAUUCCUUAUACUUCCGUUCCCCCCUCCCUCAUCAUUUUUCCUCUUGUCUCUUCAGUUGCAUCUAUUUCACAUGCUACUGCUGAAAAUUUAUUAUUUCUAAUAGUGGUGGGAUAUAAUGAUGCAGAGGAACAAGCAUCUUCAACCAUUUUCUCCUCCCCCACCUUGUUCAACAGGAUUUAUUUUUAAUUUUUUAAUUCAUUGCAUUAGUGAUGUAACACCAGGGCAAAGACACAAGCCCGGUUGAUUCUAUCAGCUUUGUCGAUUUCAUCUUGUGUGAGUGAUGUCACGUGAAUGAAAGGAUACAUGCUGUAUCUGCAGUUUUAGGAGCAAGUGAAAUUGUCAAUUUCGUGCUGCAAAAGCAACUUUCAGUGUAUUGUUGAAGCUUUUACAGCUGGAAUAAACUGGGCAUUGUGGCUUUUCCAGACUGUGUGGCCGUGGUCUGGUAGAUUUUGAUCUUAACAUUUCACAUGCAUCUAUGGCUGACAUCUUCACAGCAACUUCCCUUGCCAAUUUCACUUGCUCCUAACUGCAGUCACAGUGUAUCUAUGCCUUAAGUGACAUUGUUCAUUUGGAAUGAAAUUGACAAAGCUAAUAAGCUGACCUGCCUGGCAUCUUUGUCCUUAUGUUACAUUGUUAAUCCAAUAGAGGAAAAAAAAUGAAUCCUUUCAAAAAUGGAGGACAAGGGAGGGAAGAAAAUGGCUGAAGGGGAGGUUGGGCAACUACAUGGGGACUUAGGUAAGGGCCAGGUGUUUAGUAGGGCAGAAAAAUAAAGACCAUUUUACAUAAUCGCAUGUUCAAGGGAAGCUGGCUCAGAAAUGGAUCCAAAAGAAUUGUGGUAAAAGUGGUUGGGAAAAUAAAAGAGGAAAAAUUAAGGGAAACGUUCCAGAACCAGACAAAAGAAAAAUGAAUUCAAAGGGGGGAAAAGUAGCAUUUGGUGGCAAGAUUCAUUGCAAAUAAUUCUUGCGGAAAAGGCCGCUAUUUUAAAAUCCAGCAUAGUCUCCUUUAGUGAAGUACACCAAAGUUUAGUCUACAGAACAGACCUGAAUAAAGACAUCUUUAAUAAAAUAUUGCUUUCAUACUAAGUAACUGAUUUAUCUUUAUAUUUAGUAAAAAGCAACAAGUUCAAAGGUAUAUAGCUAAUGAUCUCUCUAAAAGGCACUAUUUUUUAAGCAUUUGGCUUGUAUGUCCUAAUGUUGAGAUAAAAAAAUUGUUCAUAAUUAAUUUCAGAUCUAUUCUGCAGCCUACAAUGAUAUUCUGCACCAAUAGAGUGAUUUUCCAAUGGGGAUCUGGCAAACAAUUGCCUGGAGAAAAAAAAUGUCCUGACUGUUGCAUAUAGGCUUCAUGGGACAUUAUUUCCCUCCAUGCCGUGGAAAGCUUCAGGAGCCCAUUUCUACACAUUAAACAUCUAUUCAAGGGAAAGGAUGUUUUUUCUCUAGAACUGCUGGUAAACUUUACCUGAAACAUAAGGGCCUUGUAAAGCUGAAUAUGCAGCUCCAGUUUUAAAUGAUUCAGGACCAUUUUGGCAUGUUGCUCCAAUCAGAGUAUAACCCUUUUUGUCUCCCUCACCUCCCAAGUGAUAAUGUGCCCAUGCCAUGUUUCUGCAUUAAUGUGAACUUGCAAAUGUUGAGCUUGAUGAAGAAAAAAGAAGACACCAAGUCUGAGCGCCCAUGCAAAGCCAUUCUUAGCCAAGUCAUCAAACUAUUCCUUUUAUAUUUAUUCUUUAUACUUUUAGUAAUAAAAAUUCUAUAAACCUGAUGCAAUGUUCAUUUCUAGUCUGUAAUGUAAUUUUCUAACUACAUUAAAUAUACAUAUCAAGCAAAAAAAACCCUCAUUCUUUGUUCUGCUUCAUGUUCUAUGUUUUUAUGUUUUGAGUAGUAUCCCACUUAAAAGAAAUAAUAUAAAAUAAAAUGGAUGGAAACAUAACUUCAUAAUGUGCUGGUUGUCACACAUCAACUUCAGUGAGACAAAAUUUUGUGAGUUUUAUUCAGCCACCUGAUUCACACACUGCAGGUCAGCCACUACCUUACUGCUGUUCCCUGGUCAUUUGAUACACAUGGAAAACAGCUGUAUUGCAUAGCCAGUCUUCUUCACUCUAGUUUAAAAGAACAUUCUCAAAAUAACAUCAUUAAUUUCAGAAUAUUCCUUUGACUGUAUCCAAGAGUUCAAAGGUGAAUUGGAGCAGUGGCCUUCACCCCAGGUGUGGAGUAUUUCAGACAGGCUGAGGAACUCCAGCCAGUGGCUUGGUUUUUUUAUGGUUCCUUGCUACUGUAUAUAGAUCAAAGAUGUCAGAUCCCCUGUUGAAGAGACUCAACAACAGAGAAUACCUGUGGCUGAAGCAAUUUCAAAGAACUCCAACUUGCGAAAGCUCUCCCUGACUAACACAGCCCCCACCCCACAUGAGCUGAUCCUUUUGUAACUCUCACACACAGUUGCAAAAGCUCUUGUUUGCCUUCUUUCUGUUCUCCUGAACCACUCUCCUUACCAGUUAGCUCCCCCACAUUGUAAGGUGCAGAACUCAAGCCCAGCCUAUUACCAGCCAGCUAUUAGCACCUACAACUGUGCCACAGCACCAGCAGCAGUAUAAAAAUUCUUGCUGCUCCAGGAACUGGAGUCUGUGCAGCUCACUAACAUCACCAGGGCUGCAAUCUCCACUCCAGCUUCAGGUCAUCACCUGACUGAGUCUCAGCACAGCUGGAGUGUAUUAAGAAACAUCAGACUCUAUAAAGCCUGCUAGCUGCAUCUUUAGCCAGAACAGAGCCAAUCCAGACAGAGCUUGAAAUUACUUCUUCCUGUUUCCGCAACAAGACCCCAGAUAUUGCAUCUAUCCUGCCUGUGAUUUUGCCUCUAGCCCUUAUCUGCCUCCCACGGUAACCAGACUACUAUUUCCCUUUUCCCUCUUGUAAUAAGUUCUGUUACCUUGCCAUACUCAAGCUUGAGAAUGACCUCACAAGUGAGGAUAUAAUUAUGACUCUUCCUCUUCCUGUCAUGUGACUAUGAUAUCAUGUGACUGUGAUAUCAAAUAACUUUCAUAUCGUUGCCUUACAGUGUACGCCUAGGUAAAAUGUAUAUUGAAAGCAAAAAACCCCACCCUUGUUAUUUACACAUCAGGGGAUAAUAAUUAUGCUGAAUGCUUGACUUUGUG